AGUAUUAGAUUCUAGGUCUAUCUACUCUAUUCUAGAAAUCUAGAAUCUAGAUUCUAGGUCUACAAUCUAUGCUAUGCUAGGAAGUAAAGUGCGGUUGGCGGUGAGACACCGGUUCGAUUAGAGUUGAGCAUAUGACUUGAAGGACCUGACUUGAAUCAUGCGUUGUUCCGCUGAAGACUGAGAGGGUGUAACCUUCUUUUAACAAUUUAUGGAUUUCUUGUGCAAGUAAGCUGACAAUGAAAUGUUCAGGAGUUCCAUAUUGUAUCAGUCUUCUUGUGGUACUGGCCCUCUGUGUGUCCAACAAUGGAGUUGUUGGCUCCAGAUUGUCCAGGCGUCACCAUGACACAGUGAGACACAUGAGUGUGGAGGAGGAAAAUUCUCCCUUUGACGAUUUCCCGUUCAGAAAUACCAGCUUGCCGUGGGACGAACGUGUGGAUGAUCUGGUGUCCAGGUUGACUCUGCAGGAGGUCAUGGUGCAGAUGUCCAGGGGUGGGGCUGGAGAGUUUGGAGGUCCAGCCCCUGCUAUACCUAGAUUGGGUAUUGGACCAUACAACUGGAAUACGGAAUGUCUGCGGGGGGACGCACAGGCUGUGGGGAAUGCAACGGCCUUCCCUCAAGCUAUUGGUCUGGCUGCCACUUUUAGUCCUCAUAUUCUUAAGACGGUUGCUCAUGCGACGGGGCAGGAGGUGCGGGCUAAGCACAAUGACUUUGUCAAAAGAGGCAUCUUCGCUGACCACACCAGUGCCAGCUGCUUCAGCCCGGUGGUCAACAUCAUGAGAGAUCCACGGUGGGGCAGGAACCAGGAAACCUAUGGAGAAGACCCGUACAUGACAGGUGUUUUGGCUCAGAACUAUGUCUCUGGCCUCCAAGGUCCUGGCACAAGGUACAUCAUGACAAGUGCUGGCUGCAAGCAUUUUGACGUCCACGGAGGUCCUGAAAAUAUUCCAGUCUCCAGAUUUGUCUUUGAUGCUCAUGUGACAGAGAGAGAUUGGAGGAUGACUUUUUUACCAGCCUUCAAGAAAUGUGUGGAGGCUGGUACCUACAGUGUCAUGUGCAGCUACAACAGUGUCAAUGGAGUCCCUACGUGUGCUAGCAAAAAGUUGCUCACAGAUAUUCUGCGCACUGAGUGGAAAUUCAGGGGCUAUGUUGUUAGUGACGAGGGUGCCAUUGAGAAUGUCAUCAGCGGUCACAAAUAUCUCAACAACAGCGUAGACACAGUGGCAGCCUGUGUUAAUGCGGGCACGAACCUGGAACUCUCUGGCAAUCUUCCACAACCGAUUUUCAUGUCUAUAGUGGAUGCUGUGAAACAAGGCAAACUGACUGAAGAGUUGGUGAGGGAAAGAGUCAAGCCGCUGUUUUACACUCGUAUGAGGCUCGGGGAGUUUGACCCGGAAAAGGACAACCCGUACGCCCAGCUGAGUAUGGAUCUGAUAGAAUCUGCCGAACAUCAACAACUGGCCGUCAAAGCUGCCAUGAAGUCUUUUGUGUUGUUGAAAAACCAGGGAGGGAUUUUACCUUUGAAGAAGGGAGAGUUUAGCAAAGUCGUUAUGUUAGGACCAAUGGCUGAUAAUGUUGAACAGCUGUUUGGUGACUACGCGCCACAACAAGACCGAUCUUUCACUAAAACACCUCUGGAAGGCCUCAAGGUUCUGUUCCCCAAUGUCAGAUACGGCAAAGUGUGCGAGGACAAGACUCCGUGCACACAGUACAACAAAACGGCUGUUCCUGCCAUAGUGAGGGAUGCUGACCUGGUUUUCGUUGCGUUAGGAACAGGUCAAGUAUUAGAGACUGAGGAAAGAGACCGGCCAAAUGUUGAACUGGCUGGACAUCAGAAAGAGCUUCUCCUGGAUGUAAUUGCUAACAGUGGCUCGGCCCAGAUCAUCCUGCUUCUCUUCUCGGCCAGCCCUCUCAACGUUACCUUUGCCGACGAGUCUGACCGUGUGGCAGCCAUCAUGGAAUGUUUCUUUCCCGCCCAGGCCACAGGACAGGCUCUGUAUAAUGUACUGACCAACACUGGGCCGGAUUCUUCCCCGGCAGGCAGACUGCCCAGCACUUGGCCUUUGUACAGUUCUCAGAUUCCUGCAAUGGUCAAUUAUUCCAUGGAAGGGAGAACAUAUCGUUACUUCAAAGGAGAUCCUUUGUACCCUUUUGGCUACGGCCUCUCCUAUACUGCGUUCAAGUUCUCCGACAUGAAGAUUCCUGCAAUGAUCAAGGCAGGAAGUGAUCUGAAUGUGCUGGUGACAAUCACAAACAUGGGCAAUAUUGCCAGUGAUGAGGUCCUCCAGUGUUACAUCAGCUGGGGCGACUCUUCGUUUCCUGUCCCUCGGCUACAGUUGGGCUACUUCAACCGAAUCUUCAUUAAACCCCAGCAAAAAGUGUUGUGGAAUGCACUGAUUUCUGCUGAAUCUAUGGCGUUUUGGCAAGAUGGAAAAUGGGUCAUUAAAGCUGGUGUGAUGAAUCUGUUCUGUGGUGGUCAACAGCCCAAUCAGAAGAAACAGGUGCCGUCCAACGUGCUCUCUGGAUCCUUCACCAUCACUCACUCUGUAGUUCUGGACAAGUAGUUCCUGUACUUAAGUUUAUGUGUGUGUGUGUGUGUGUGUGUGUGUGUGUGUGUGUGUGUGUUUGCGGGUGUGUGUUUGCGAGUGUAUGUUUGCGAAUGUGUGUUUGUGGGUGAGUAUAGGGGUGGGUGGGUGGGUGGGGGGUUGUUUGUAGACCAUCUUUGGAACCUGAGAUUGUAUUCAGCAUUUAUUAGAGAUUUUAUCAGAUAUAUUGAAUAUGUUACAGUAUCAUAUGUUGCCUAUGUGGGAAUAGUUAACUCUUUAAUCACGUUUGAACUGUUUUACCUUCUCUUAUUUUUAUCCAAUAAAUAUUAUUUCACCUAUGUC